AUGGGAAGAGCGAGCACAGCGGUGGACCACAAAGGCUUGUCUAACAUGAGGCUUUUACUGUUUAUAAUUUUUGUUGGCCAACGUAUAUUUUUGAAGCACAUGAAAGACGCGUUGCAACCAGAAAGUGUUUUAGGUUCUGGAAGAUUGUUUAUAGAUUCCCUGAGUUUUUUGGACAUGGAAAACCUUCUCGGUCUUCUCAGAAUCCGGGUGAAACGAGGCAUCAAUCUUGCCGUUCGCGAUCUGGGUACCAGUGAUCCUUAUGUUGUCAUCACCAUGGGAAACCAGAAAUUAAAGACUCGAGUGGUGAAGAGAAACUGCAAUCCAGAGUGGAACGAGGAGCUUACUCUUUCAAUUACAGAUCUCAAUGUUCCAAUCAACUUGACAGUUUUUGACAAAGACAGGUUUACUGUGGAUGACAAAAUGGGUGAAGCAGAGAUAGACAUCCGACCAUAUAUCGCAAGUCUUAAGAUGGGCUUGCAAAAUCUCCCAAAAGGUUGUGUGGUUUCAAGGGUUCAGCCAGGCCCGAACAACUGUCUUGCUGACGAGAGCUGCAUUGUUUGGGAUGAUGGCAAAAUCCUCCAAGACAUGGUUCUCAGAUUAAGAAAUGUAGAGUCUGGUGAAGUGGUGGUUCAAAUCGAGUGGAUUCAUGUUCCAGGUUGUCGGGGAUUGGAAAUUGAAGACAGGGAAGCACCAUGGAACCGGGCCAAGAGACUCGACUGA